AUGCCACGUAAGAGUGCAGCGAGCAACUCCCGACGGAGCGACGUGUCUAUGGCCCAAUUCGUCCUCGCUGAGGCUGGCAACAUCGGCGGCUCACCUGUUCAAGCAGCAACACCAGCGACAGCACCACCACCAUCGAUUACAGCUUCCUCCACCACGGCGAUAGCUAAGGAUUCAGAGAUGCAGACGGAUCGGCCUGGCGGAUCAGUGCCAUCUUCGGAGAGGGAGAGGAAGGACAGCGGCUCUAAGGAGGGACGGGACUCUGUGGCGAUCGAGGACCUCAAUCUACCUAAAUCUAUCAUCACACGCCUGGCAAAGGGUGUACUGCCGCCGAACACACAAAUCCAGGCCAAUGCGAUACUGGCCAUGAGCAAAAGCGCUACGGUAUUCGUGAAUUACCUCGCCAAUGCCGCAAACGAAAUUACAACAAACUCCGGCAAAAAGACGAUCAUGCCCAACGAUGUUUUCGAUGCGCUCAAGGACGUAGAGUUCGAGGAGUUCAGGGAUUCGCUACAAGCUGAAUUCAAGAAAUUCAACGAAAUCCAAACCACAAAACGCAAUACCUACCGCCGCCGCGUGGCAGCCGCUAAAAAGGGCCUCCCCUACCCGCCCGACGGCGACACCUCGACCCUGUCCGCAGCGGCCACAGACGGCGGCGCGGGCGUAGGCGACACGUCCACCCUCUCUUCGGCGGGACCGCGCUCAGCCAAGAAGCAGAAGCCCAACAACCCGGGCGACGACUCAGCGAUGGACAUUGACGGCGACGCGACAGGGGAGAUCGACGCGGAAUCUGAACCGGAACAAGAACAAGACGAGGACGAUGAAGAUGAAGAAGCGGCGGAAGAUGAGGAAGAAGAACAAGAAGAAGACGAGGAAGAUGAGCAAGAAGGUGGCGAGACGCAGGAUGCGCUUGAGGAGCGGGAGGAUGAGGAGGAGAGGGACGAGGCGCUUGAUAGUGAUGAGGACUAG